AUGAAACUUUUCCUUCUUCUGAUUCUUUUCAUAAUCGAUCUUAUUCUUGGUUUUGAUCGCUCACAAUUUCAUGAAUAUUGUAUAAUUGGAGCUGGUCCAGCUGGUUUACAAUUAGCUUAUUUUCUUCAAAAAGUUAAACGAGAUUAUAUUAUUUAUGAAAAAGCCUCUCAAGCAGGUUCAUUCUUUAUUGAUUAUCCUCGACAUCGUCGAUUGAUUAGCAUUAAUAAACGUAAUACAGGAGAAAAAAAUCGAAAAUUUAAUUUAAGACAUGAUUGGAAUUCUUUAUUGUCUGAUGAUGAUCAUUUGCGAUUUACUCAUCGUUCGAAACAACUUUUUCCAUCGGCAGAUCUUAUGGUUGAUUAUUUAAAUGAUUUUUAUCGUUAUUAUAAUCUUCAUAUUCAAUUUAAUACAACAAUAAAAAAUUUACAACCAAUAUCUGAACAAACAACAACAUGCGAUUCAAAAGAUUGUUCAUUUUCAUCAAUAGCACGUUUUCGAAUGAAUGAUCAACAUGACAAUCGAUAUACUUGCGGAAUUGUUAUUGUUGCUACAGGUCUUUUUAUUCCAAAUAUUCCACUUGUAGAUGGUAUAGAUUUAGCUGUUGGAUAUGAAAAUCUAUCACUUG